AUGGCCCCCAUCACCAAGACUCUUGCCCUUGCCGGCGCUCUCUUUGCCGCUUCCGGUGUCGCUGCUCCCUUCGAGAAGAAGCGCGACGUUGUCUACGACUAUGUGACCGACGUUGUUUGGACCACCAUCGACGUGACCACCACCAUCUACCCUGGCGGCCAGGCCCAGCCCACUGCAGUGACCUCCGUCCUGACCGUGGUGCCUGCUUCUUCCUCCACCGUCAGCGAGGCCCCCGUUGCCCAGACCACCCAGGCUGCCCCCGCCCCGCCUGCCGCGCCCACCACCUCCUCGACGGAGGCCUCCGCCCCCGCUCCCAGCGCCUCGAGCUCCAGCUCCAGCUCCAGCGGCGGCAGCAACUACAGCGGCUCGUGCGACUCGGGCUCCCCCUGCACCGGUGACCUGACCUACUACGACACCUCCACCACUUCCACGAACCCCAGCGCCUGCGGCACUACCAACGACGGUCUGACUGAGUCCGUCCUCGCCCUGCCCCACGGCAUCAUGACCGACGGUGACUGCGGCAAGACCGUCACCAUUUCCUACAAUGGUGUCACCGCCAGCGGUACCGUCGUUGACAAGUGCAUGGGCUGCGACGACACCUCCAUUGAUCUGUCGCGCGCUCUGUUCGAGAAGUUCUCUGACCUCGAUGCGGGCCGUCUCUCCGGCGCUACCUGGUCCAUCGAGUAA